GAACUCCCCAGUUCUCAACUCUCCCAGACGGCCAUCUCAGUUAAACGCCGCCAAAAUGCCUCCUUUCACAGUCUCCACCUUCUUAACCUCUCGAGGUCUCCGAACACUCAUCCAGCGCCCCCCGCAAAUCCUCACGCAACCCCGGAGAAACCUCACCAAUUUCACCUUCCAGCCUACCUUCCGCACACAAGCCGCAGCAAAAGCAUCACCACGACCAACAACAAUGGUAAUGGCUACGACAAUCCGGCAAUUCUCUACAUCUCCAGUCCGCAAAGCAACCUACAACCAAGUCCGUCGUGGCUGCCGAGUCGCGCAACGAGCCCGUCGCGCCAAAUCUCCGGCCCUGGCCAAUACGCCUCAAUUGAAGGGCGUCUGUCUGAAGACGGGUAUUACGAAGCCCAAGAAACCUAACUCUGGUGAGAGGAAGACGGCAAGGGUUAGGUUGAGUAGUGGGAAGGUUAUUACGGCUUAUAUACCCGGCGAAGGUCACAAUGUCCAACAACACAGUGUUGUCCUUGUCCGAGGUGGAAGAGCCCAGGAUUGUCCUGGUGUGAAGUAUCAUUUGGUUAGAGGGGCAAUGGACUUGGGUGGUGUGGCUAGCCGAUUGACCAGUCGAUCGAAAUACGGAACAAAGAAACCGAAGAAGGAUUAGAGAUCAGAUUCCUGUUGAAAGGUUAAGAUGAAAAAAUAUGUUUGCUGGAAUAGGUAUUGUUCUUAUCGUUGUUCUGCUUUGUUUAACUCUGUAUUAUUCUACCUUCGCCGUCUUUUUUGAAUGAGUUCGAUCAUUGUUCUUGGCUUUUAUGAUGAAUCUUCGUGUAUUAUAUGUUAAGGGGAUUUAGGAAAGACCUUUUCGAUAUAAGUAGC